CACCAUCUCCCUUCGAAAUCAGCUGUGUUUUGAUGCCAAACAGAAAAGGUAGAAUUCCAGCAGGGUGACACACACGAUUCUGCUCUUUUAUUUCUCAUAGUGUGCUCCAUUCAGAAACAUCAUAAUGACUAUGACGGCGUGUUUAAUCUCCAGAACAGGAGAAUUGGUAUAAUGUAUAGUAGUUGAGAAAUGAAUCUCCAAUCAAUGUUUCGCGACUUUAAUCCUGGGAAAUUUAUUGUGUGGGUGUGUUUGGCAACAUUCACUGCCCUACUCUCUCUUCGUCUUGAUGAUGAACUGGACUGGAGUUACUGGGUUGUCUUCUCACCAAUUUGGGUUUGGAAGAUCCUUGUUGUGACAGGAGCCCUUAUUGGGAACAUAGUCUGGUGGAAGAAUCCUCAUUAUAGAUUAGAAGGCCAGUCAUACAUCCAGUACCGGGCCUUACUCAUCUCCCUCGGCCUUCAUCUCUUCUUAUUGAUGUUUGAGGUCUUGGUGGCUGACAAAUUGGAAAAUAAGCGCCAUGCCUGGGUCUCUGUCUUUGCUCCUCUUAUUUUGAUAUCUCUUGUGUCCAUUGCUGCUUGUAUCUGGGCAGUAAAACAUGACAGGUCUUUUGAGCUCGAGCUCUUCUGUUCUGUGAAUCUAUUGCAGUUCAUCUUUAUUGCUCUCCGUCUUGAUGAAUAUAUAAGAUGGCCAUGGGAGAUUGUGUUCGUUCCAGCAUGGAUAUUAAUGUGUGUUUCAGUCGUAGCAGUUCUCUAUUCUAUCAUAUUCGCUGGACUUCUCUUGCGUAUGCCAGACGUUAACCCUGAUCGCCGCAGAACAUCAAUGAACUCUGCCAUUGGUUACACCUGUCUUGUUGCUCCGCUGUUGAUUUUUCUUAUCACCCUUGCAAGCAAGUUGAAUGGUAACACAUCAGCAACGUACACAUCUGUUGUGUCACCUCUUUACAUUUCAUAUGUCACAUUGAUUCUUAUGUCUUUCACUACAAAACGUGCAAAUCAAUGUAAGUAAUUUGUUAAAUUAAGAAUUGAUAUUUGAAUAAUGUUAUCUAACCCAUUGGAUCUGGGUGCCACCCUGCCCUACGAGACCCAAAAUCUAGACAUUAGACAUACUUGAGUGGCAAUUCUCCCAGGUGUGUAACUUACAGGCCUGGCCCACAGAAACACUGGUUUGGUGUGUCAAGACUGCUUGCCUCCCUUUUGCGUUGUUAUUAUCUCUUUUUCAGCAGAAUAUUUUCCUUCUAUCUUUUAUAUGUUUCAUGUUUUUUAAGGUCUAUACUUGUCAUCUAAUGUGCUGUAGUAGGAUGGUAAUAGACAUCUCUCUAGAUAGUCUUCAACUCUGCGUUUUAACAAUAACAAUAUUUUGUUAUUUGUGUCAUUUUUAAAUGUUUUUGUAUUAUUCAAUUUUCUGUAACACACCUUGUACUGUCAGUCAUGGCAAGCAGGCUUAGGAUCCAAAGCAUGGAAAUAGUGGCCUAAUCUUCCAAGAGUUUUAUGUACUCAUGGUAAGUCAUUCCCAUCACAAUGGCCUUUGAUCAAAAUUUUCAUUACGGCUCAUUCCCAUUACACAGGCCUUAGUCAGAUUUAUUCAUGACAUGAUAAUCUUAUCACCCAGAUCCAGUGGAUUAGUGCAGUUAUAUUUAAUUCAGUAUUUCCAUACCAGUAGAGCUAUUAACCCCUCUUUAUGAACCUGCUCUCUACAGUGUUAAAAGAUAAUGUGAGUGAUAUUAUACAAUUUAUCACAACUUCCAAACUGUUCACUUUUGUGUAAUUUUUUUUCAUACUGAUAAGCAUAAAAGAUUGCAAGAUGUUGCAAUUAUAAGAAAAUAACUAUAAAGUAACUUGUCAUACAAUAAGGAAUAAAUUCAUCACAUUAAGCUUCAGCCAUUGCAAGAGAUUAAAAAAUCCUGGAAACCCAUUAUGUUUGGCAUAUUUCAUGCA